AAUGCGAAAAACGCAAACCCACAAAGAAUAUCAAGCUUUAAAAUGUGCUUAACCACAUGGGCAUUGGCCAAUUUUGCCAAAUAAGGCAUACAUUAUGCAUCCCUAUUUUGUGCAAAAAUUAUACAAACGUGAUAGCAAAUUAAAUUGCGCUUCCUUCUGUGCAGCCUGUUUGUAUGUUCUACGCGUGGGUUGGCUGUGUUCCUGUGUAUGAUUCAAUCAAAUUGCACGUGGUGACAGUGCGUUUUUUUUUUUUUUUUUUUCUCCUCGUGAAGAAAGCAUAGGGUGAAUAUAAACAUUGAGAAGCAUUUCCUGGAGAAAGAUAAUAACUUACGAAAAGUUAUCCUUAAUGAUUAUGCAUACGUGUAUAUCUGCACAUCCCGUGUAGGUUAUUUGUUCAUGUGCUCAAUAGAGAAGAAGAAAAAAAAAAAAAAAAAAAGACCCUAAAGGUUAAUCAUCCACGUGGUUAAUCUCAUUCCACUCUGUUUUACUUCUUCACCAUUUUUGAUAUUACUUUUUUUCCAUCCCCUUCGUGUAAUCGUUCUCCCGUUUUUUUUACUACCCCAAGUAAGCACAACAGAAAUGAAUAGAAACAUCUGGAGUGUGCUUUUAAUAAUACUAGUUAUAAAUUUUUUACUGACCACUGGAGGAACGACGGCCCAAAAGAGCAACGAGAAGAAUGGACCAGAGAACAACGCGAAAAAUGGACCAGAGAACAACGCGAAAAAUGGACCAGAGAACAACGCGAAGAAGGGACCAGAGAACAACGCGAAGAAGGGACCAGAGAACAACGCGAAGAAGGGACCAGAGAACAACGCGAAGAAGGGACCAGAGAACAACGCGAAGAAGGGACCAGAGAACAAAGAGAAAAAAGGACACAGCUGUUGUGGGAAAAAGGGCUCAACUGGGAACCCCAAGGAAAAAAAAAAGAGUGACAAGAAUUCCGAGGAUAACAAGAAUUCACAGGGUGACAAAAUUUCAAAGGACCAUGCGGAAUGCACACCCUCAUUACACGUAGAAUGUGCCCACAACUGCUGCAAAAAAAAGCUGGCCUUUAUUUAUGACUGCUGGGACAAUUUCAAAUCGUAUAAAAACAUAAUUGAGCAGCACACGAAGGGCCAGCAGGAAAAUAACUUCCAACUGCAGGGAGCUGGCGAUGAAGAUAGCGGCGAGGAUGGCGGUGCAAGUACCACGGGCCACAGCAUGGCCAUGGCCAUGCCCAUGUCAUUUCAGCUUUCCACGCACACGAUUAUUUUGUUUAAAUUCUGGGAAACCAAAACGGAAACAUCCUACUACAUCUCCCUGGCCCUAUGCCUCCUUUUCGGCGUGCUCUCAGUCCUACUGAAGCUGCUCCGACUGCACGUCGAACAGGCCCUGCCGCAGACCAAAGACACAAACGUAAUGAACAGUGGAGUUCUUUUUAAAAACAAUUUAACGAGAUCGCUGCUUUCAUUUAUCAUUUAUUCAUGGGACUACCUAUUAAUGCUAAUCGUUAUGACUUUCAAUGUGGGCCUAUUCUUCGCCGUUGUGGUGGGCCUAUCGAUUGGUUUCUUUUUAUUUGGACAUAAGUUUGUCACGUGUGGGAAAAGCUCCACCGAUGGGUUGGACGUCCACAAGGAGUUUCAUGGAGACCCCGCCUGUUGCGGGUGUUGA